CUCAGCGUCUCAACCCCUAAACCCUCCGACAGAAGCCGAACCAAGCCGAAGCCCAGCGACAACGACGUCAGCAUAUCUCGUUCUUUCGUAUUUCUGCCUGCUGCGUGCGAAGGAGAGACAGGGGGGGGGGGGAAACCCGUCUCUCAGCAAAGCAACAAGAAGGAAGAGCAAUGGCGACACUGGAUCGCCAAAUACCAAGUCCGGAUACGUUCCUUUGCGAGCCUUGGUCUUCCUUCGUCAGUGCGGCUAAAUUACGUUUUGUUGACAACUCGUCCCUGGAUAACCGCGACAAACAGCUUUACUGCCUCGGUGAAGCCGCGAGGCUCGGCAAAGGAGAGAUGCUUGGCUACAGAGCACUGGAGGAUUUUUGUCUUGUUGUCUGCCAUGUCUGCGAUCAGGUGGUCACUCCUCAGGGCAUCCUCUCACACUAUGAGAAGCACCACGGCUCCCCCGCUCCCUCCAGGAGCCUCCUGGUCCCCAUGAAGCCCAAAGCACCUGCGGUGGCCCCCGCUGUGGCCCCCGGUCCUGGGGACACGCUGACAUUCAGGGUCCCUAAAGAUUUCCCUCACUCACGCUUCAGUAAGGCCCCUCUUGCGGUCUACCCACCAAAGGGGGCCCGGAUCAAGCCGUGUGUAUCGCUUCCUGUUGUGAGCCUGGAAAAGAUGGCCUGCCUCAGCCAUGCCGACUCUGCAUCACAUGUGCGCCUCACCACCUUCUCCUCUCCCUCCUCCCUUAAACCUCCCUCCCUCACUCCCCCGGCCUCCCAACGGUCCGGCGAGAAGCUCAUGAACGGCCGCGGCACCGGCGGGCCGACCACACCGCGCUCCACCACCUCUCCAUCCUCUCUGGACCGGCGGCCCAGUCCGGCACGCUCUCCGGUGGACCGGCGGCUGCCGUCAACUCCUUCUCCCUCCACGCUGGACCGGAAACCCUCCCCGUCGCCUUCCCCCUCUCACCGACACGCCGCUCUGCUGCCGCCGUCGUCGUCGCCAUUGGAGAAGAAGCAGCAAAACGGGACUAAGACUUCCUCCAGGUCGCAGAGAAGACUUUCAGGGAGAGUCUUUGAUCCGAACAAGCACUGUGGAGUCCAGGACCCCGAAACAAAGCGACCCUGCACGAGGUCUCUCACCUGCAAGACUCACUCCUUAACCCACCGCCGAGCCGUCUCCGGCCGAACGAAACACUUCGACAUCCUCCUGGCCGAACACAAGGGGCGGGCGAAGCUCAACAAGGGAGCGAAGGAGAAGGAGAAAGACAGGGACGGAUCGCAGGGAGGGAAGGAAGGCGGCAGCCAGAGUAUCACGCCACAAGAGACCUCAAGUCCCAGCAAGCCUCACUGUCCGAACGGACGACCUCUGUCCAGGCUGAAGCUCAGGCUGGCAAAUGCACACAUACCCAGGGUUCCAGGCCUCACCACCUCCACCUUCGGCCCUCUUCCCCCAGCAGCAGCAGCAGCAGCCCCGGCCCCCAACCCAGAGCCUUCUCCCCACAGUUCGGGGACGGCGGCGGCAGGAGACGGAGGUCGACUUUCCAGUGACGAGGGAGACGCAGAGACUCCAGAAGGCACCGUCAGACCUGCCUUUCACUACUCCAAUCGCCACCCGCAGCCUUCAGGGUUCUGCGUAUUCAGCAGCAGGCUCAUGGGCCGGGGUCACUACGUGUUCGACAGGCGAUGGGACAGGAUGAGGCUGGCGCUCCAGAACAUGGUGGAGAAACACCUCAACGCACAGAUGUGGAGGAAGGUGCCUCUGGCGGCCGGCAGCCUCGUCUCCCUCUCCUCCUCUGGUACCUCCCCCGCCACUUCACAACAGACCCCCUCUCCCUCCUCCGCUGCUUCUUCUCACCUCUCGGCCCCCUCUAACUCCCUCUCCCACCCCGCCACAUUUCCUCAGUCUGCAUCCGUGGCGGGGAUGUUCAGCAUUCGAGACGCUCCGCGGCCCGUCGCCCCAGUUUCCGCGCCGGGUAAAGCCCGUAACGGCAGGCAUAAAGCCAGCCGGCCAUCCAAAGACACGGAGGACUCUGCAGUGGGAGCUAAGAGGAGAAAAAACUCUUCCCACCCCUCCUCCUCCUCCUUCUCUCCUUCUUCCUUGUUUCCGACUGUGGAUAACGGUAGGAGGAACGGCAGCAGCUAUCAUCCGGCGUUACAAGGUUCGGGGGGGACAGCAGCAAACCCAGGCAGGAAAAAGAGCGGUGGGGGAAGUGGGCUUUGGAGCGGCGGAGAACUCUGGUUGUCCGGUGCCGAUGGGUCUCAAAGUCACAGCUCGCAGAACAGUCGCGAGCUUGGCACGACCAGUAUACCCUAUUCACCCAGCAGGGAGCCAGCCUCCGCCCCCCAUCAGCCCCUGGCCUCCCCCUCCGGACCCUUGGCUUAUGGGGGAGGAGCAGAGGGGAGGAAGAGGAGGAGUUCCGGCUCUUACAGAGGGAAGGCCAGCAAGCUGAGUAGGCCGGGCGGGUUGGAGAGCCUCUUUGGGAAUGGGAGCGACACCGUGGGAAUACUGUCUUCGGGGCCCGAGUCCCCGAGACAGACCAAGUUGCAUCACUGACAGAGACCUGUCUCACGGACAGAAUGUUGGGCAGCUGUGCAGACCACCACCGUUUGUGACCUUUGACCUCACCACUCUUCCACUGCCGGCACCAAUCAGACGGCUUUAUCUCGGGCGAUGUCACCCCCUGUUCAUCCAAUGACUUUGCCCACAGUUGGCCGGCCGUUAACUUCCACUCUCCACGUUGUAGUUUAUGGAUCGCUGUGACGGAAAGCUGACGCGGUCUUUUCAGAACAAGACGGUGGUAUCCAAAAACGUAUCCUACCAAAAGGGAAUUUGCCUCGCAAAGUUUUAGAAGGCAUUCUUUAUAAUACCACCACUGUACAAUCUUUGGGGGAAAACUUUUUUUAAACUGGUUGUGCUGACCAUUUUCCUGGUUGCUGUGCCUGGUCAGCUGAUGGGGACGGAGAUUGUUUUUGGGAGUUAGAUGGUUGAAGGACCUACUGAUACGACUACUGUAGGACUCAGCCUUCAUCUAUACCACCUCAACUGCCC